AACCCCCGCCCCUUUACACCAACUCCAUAUUUUUGUCCCCAAAGAAACGUUACAGAAGAUUAAUUCUUCCAUGGAAGUCGGUUGAUAACCUAAGUCUGCUACUCAGGUAUAAUAACCAUGGCGGUGACGUUAACGCCGGCGACGGCGGUAUGGGACGGAGUGAUGGAAAUGACGAAGUGUGCUCAAAGCAACGGUACGGAUCCGUUAAUUUGGGCGGCUGAGCUGUCGUCGAGUUUAAUAUCUGCCGGAAUCUCUCUACCGUCGCCGGAGGUUGCUCAAUUGCUCGUUUCGCAUAUCUGCUGGUCCAAUAAUGUUCCGAUUGCCUGGAAGCUUCUCGAAAAAGCGAUCGCUGUUAGACUCGCUCCGCCAUUGCUCGUUCUCGCUCUUCUUUCUAACAGUGUGAUUCCAAGUCGAAGAAGCCAACCUGCUGCAUACAGGCUUUAUCUGGAGCUUCUCAGAAGACUUGUUAUUCCAUCGGCUUCUGAAGUUAACGGUCCCAAUUAUCACGAAGUCAUGAAAGCUAUAGAUGGUGCUCUUCACCUCUCUCAGGGAUUCGGCAUUCCCUCUAGUGAACCUGGUAUUCUUUUAGUUGAAUUUAUCUUCGUGAUGGUGUGGCGGUUGCUUGAUGCGUCAUUAGAUGAUGAAGGAUUGUUGGAACUUGUACCCGAAAAGAAGUCUACUUUGCCAGUCAAACCACAAGCAAUGGAAAUCGAUGAUCAUAAUAUCGGAGCAAAGAAAAUUGAUUUCAAUGACAGGUUGUUCAAAAGUAAUACCACAAUAGCCAUUGAGGUUAUCGGUGAACUUUACCGAAAUAAAGUAACUUCCCGUAUCCUUUACUUGGCACAUCGAAAUAUGCCUGUACAUUGGGGAUCUUUUGUUUAUAAUCUGAGACUUCUGGCAGCAAAGUCUAUAUCUUUGAGGAAUUCCAAACAUAUUACUCCUGAGGCGCUUUUGCAGUUAACUUCUGAUAACCGUGCACUAGUGUCACUGGAAUGCAAAAUGGUAUCUUUACAACAGUUCCAUGCGGUAAUGGCUUCCGGGUCGCUUGUAUCACCUGCGGGUCCAACUCAUAAUGCUAGUCAUUCGGUAAUUUGGCUACCAAUUGAUCUGUUCCUUGAAGACAUUAUGGAGGGAACAGUUGUGGCUACUACAAGUGCUGCCGAAACUCUGACCGGUUUACUUAAAGCCCAUCAAGCAAUUACUCAGGGUUCCUGGCAGGAUGCGUUUCUCGGUUUAUGGAUUGCAGCUUUACGUCUUGUUCAAAGGGAAGAGGGUGCGGUUGAGGGCCCAAUACCUCGUCUUGACGCAUGUUUAUGCGUACUAUUAUGCAUAACAACCCUUGCAAUCGUCAACAUUGUUGAUGAAGAAGAGAGUGCUCUUAUUGAGGAAAACGAGCAUGGGAAAAUGCAUAUGCGGAGUGAAAAACAGGUUUUCGGAAACUGUCGUAAGAGCCUAGUAUCCAGCCUACAACAAUUGGGUGAUUUUGAAGGCUUAUUGACGCCACCGUCAUCUGUAACUUCUUUAGUGAAUCAAGCAGCUGCUAAAGCUAUGUUCUUCUUCUCGGGUCUAGGAGUCGGAAGUGGUUACCUUGAUGGUGUAAGCUUGAAUGACAUGCCAGUCACUUGUGCUGGUGAUCUGAGACAUCUGAUUGUAGAAGCCUGUAUUGCACGCCAUCUAUUGGACACAUCAGCAUAUAUGUGGCCCGGGUACGUCAAGGGACAUACCAACCAAUUACCGCCACGCCCCGUUACGGGCCAGAUGCCUGGAUGGUCAUCGUUGAUGAAGGGGUCCCCGUUAACUUCUCCAAUGGUGCAUGCUUUGGUUUCAACUCCUGCUUCAAGCUUAGCUGAAAUUGAAAAACUAUAUGGAAUUGCAACCGACGGUUCAAUUGCUGAGAAGAUUUCUGCUGCGACUAUUCUAUGUGGGGCUUCAUUGACUCGCGGUUGGAAUAUACAAGAACAUACUGGAUUUUUCAUCAUUAAGCUGCUGUCACCUCCUGUUCCCCGAGAUUAUUCUGGGACCGAGAGUCAUUUGUUAGCUUGUGCUCCCUAUUUAAAUGUGCUUCUCCUGGGGAUAACGUUUAUCGACUGUAUUCAUAUAUUUUCUUUACAUGGCUUGGUUCCACAGCUGGCUGGUGUGUUGAUGCCCAUAUGUGAGGUUUUCGGAUCAUGUUCACCUGCAGUUUCAUGGACUCUUCCCACCGGGGAACAUUUAUGCCCUCUUGCCGUUUUCUCAAACGCUUUUACUCUUUUGUUGAAACUAUGGCGGUUCGAUCAACCACCUUUUGAGCGUGUGGGGGAUAUAAAUCCUGUAGGGUCUCAGCUAACACCCGAGUUUCUCUUACUGGCUCGCAAUUCUCAAUUGUCAUCAUGUCGAAACUCACUUGAAGCCCAAAAGAAAAGAAAGAGGGUGUUUAGGCAGUGUGAUCUGGCAUCUGCAGGUCCUGUGUUUUUGGAUUCUUUUCCGAAACUGAAAUUUUGGUACCGACAACAUCAAGCGUGUAUUGCUUCAACUCUAUCCGAUCUCAAACCGGGAACUUCCGUUUACCAGAUCUUUGACGCACUUUUGAACUUGAUGUUUAGAAAAAUUAAUAGAGGUGGUCAAAGUUUGAAUUGUUCGACAUCUGGAAGUAGCAAUUCAUCGGGUUCGGUUACCGAUGACUGUACUCUUCGGCUUAAACUUCCUGCUUGGGAUAUUAUGGAAGCUGUUCCUUUUGCACUUGAUGCUGCGUUAGCAGCCUGUGCGUAUGGACGAUUGUCACCCCGUGAACUUACGACCGGGCUCAAAGAUCUUGCUGACUUUCUUCCAGCUUCAAUGGUAACUAUCGUAAGUUACCUAUCAGCCGAAACAACAAGAGGUCUCUGGAAGCCUGCAUCUAUGAACGGAACCGAUUGGCCAAGUCCCGCUGCAAACUUGUCCAUGGUGGAGAAAAAUAUAAAUAAAAUACUGGCGGAAACUGGAGUUGAUGUUCCGAGUCUUUUUGCAGGUGAGACGUCUUCAGCUACUCUUCCAUUACCUCUUGCUGCUCUAGUGAGCCUUACAAUAACCUACAAAGUCGAUAGAAUCACUGAACCCUUGCUGAACCUGUCCGGUCCAGCAUUGAACACCCUCGGUGCAUGUUGUCCAUGGCCGUGCAUGCCCAUCAUAGUCGCUCUCUGGACCCAAAAGGCCAAACGUUGGACCGACUUUCUUGUUUUCUCUGCAUCACGGACAGUAUUCCACCAAAACAAUGAUGCUGUUGUUCAGCUUCUCAGAGUGUGUUUCCAGUCAAUUCUUGGCCUCAAUUCUCCUUCUGUCGUCACAAACAACGGUGGAAUCGGUAACCUUCUAGGUCACGGAUAUGGGUCCCGCUGUACAGGUGGAAUGACCCCCGUAGCUCCCGGAAUCCUCUACUUACGAGUCCACCGUAGUGUCAGAGACCUCUUAUUCAUGACCGAAGAAAUCGUGUCACUAUUAAUCCAUUCGGUCAAAGAUAUCUUAACCACCGGUAUCCCGAUAGAAAAAAUAAAAAAACCCAAAAGCGAAACAGUUUUAAGAUACGGUGAGGUCUCUCUUUCUGCGGUCAUGACCCGUAUCAAAGUAGCCGCCUCACUCGGGGCAUCACUUGUUUGGAUAACCGGCGGGUUAAACUUAGUACAAACUCUAAUAAAAGAAACCUUACCCUCAUGGUUCAUAUCGGUCCACCGGUCAGACCAGAAUAAAGUUGACUGUGGUGGGAUGAUUGGUAUGCUCAAAGGCUAUGCCCUUGCUUACUUCACCAUUCUUUCGGGUGCGUUCGCUUGGGGUGUCGACUCCGCAUCUUCAGCUUCUAAAAAACGUCCUUUCAUCCUCGGGGCCCACCUUGAGUUCAUGGUGAGUGCACUCGAUGGUAAGAUUUCACUUGGUUGUAAUAAAGCAACAUGGAGGGCGUACGUGUCGGGUUUCGUGAGCUUAAUGGUUUUGUGUACUCCGAAAUGGGUCCGUGAGGUCGAUGUGACGGUUUUGAGGAGCUUGAGCAAGGGGCUAAGGAAGUGGGAUGAGGAAGAGUUAGCACUGGCUUUGCUUGAAAUUGGUGGGGUGGGUGCAAUGGGUGCAGCUGCAGAGUUUAUUAUAGAAUCUUCAGAUUUAGUAAUGUAGGUUAGAUAUUCAUUUGUGGCUAGUUUUGUAAAUAAGUGUUUAAAUGUGGAUUGUAUUAUGAAAUUUAGCUUGAAUUUUGUUUUUAGUUUUUACUAUUAUUAUAUUUUUUUUUUUU